AUGUUGCUGAAUUGCACAAGGGUGAAGCACAUGUGCUCAACAUUACGAAUUACCCAAAUACCCUCGGCCGUCCCUAGAUUUCCAAUUAAUUCGUCUAGCAUACAUAACUAUCUACUGAGGCGACAGCAUCAUCAUCACCAUCAUCUGUAUAAUAUUCGACCGCCUGCUGGGCGACAGCUGCUUGGCUCCCCCUCCUCGCCCUUAUCGACAGGUGCCUGUGGUGGUGCAGGUGCUCGCGCAUCCAGAUGGACGGCACGUCUGCUCAACGUACGUCGAUGCAUGAGCAGCAAAGAAGUCAAGCUGGCCGUGCCGAAAGUGGGCAGCUUCCUUAAGACCACCAAAUUCGACCUCUCACGUCUCCUCCAUAUGAUGAAGGAAGAGAAGUGGGUGCUCCUAAUGGGUCUUGGCUGUUUGGUCAUCUCCUCAGCCAUCACCAUGAGCGUACCCUACUUCCUGGGCAAGGUCAUUGACAUAGUGUUCAACAAGGAUGGCAUGGAUGAAUCGGCCGUAACCAGUUUGCGAGACUACUCCAAGAUGCUGCUGGUCGUCUUCAUCAUUGGCGGCCUGGCCAACUUCUCGCGCGUCUAUUUGUUUGGCACCGCAACAUUGCGUAUUGUGCGCAGACUGCGCUCCAAUCUAUAUCGAUCGGUGCUCAUGCAGGAGGUAUCCUGGUUCGAUACGCGCGGCUCCGGCGAGCUUAUCAACCGCUUGAGCAACGACACAUACUUUGUGGGCACCUCGCUCAGUCAGAACAUAUCCGAUGGCGUGCGCUCGCUGGCCAUGAUUGGUGUAGGCACCGCCAUGAUGGUCUAUACGUCGGCCAAGCUGGCGCUUGUCAGCGCAUUGGUUGUGCCCGCUCUGGCUGGGAUUGCCAUCAUCUAUGGACGCUAUGUGCGACGCAUAACCAAAACCGAGAUGGACAAAUUCGCGGAGGUGAUGAAGCAUGCCGAGGAGCGGUUCGGCAACGUGCGCACUGUCAAGAUCUUCGGUCGCGAGCACAACGAGUGCGAGGAGUACGACAAGAAGCUGGACGAAGCCAUCGAAAUUGGCUACAAGGAGACUAAGGCUAGAUCCAUUUUUUUUGGCCUGACCGGCUUCUCGGGCAAUGCGGUCAUCAUAUCGGUGCUCUACUAUGGCGGCACUUUGGUGCUCAACGAGGAACUCACCAUUGGCGCCAUGACCUCGUUCAUGCUGUAUGCCGGCUACACAGCUAUCGCCAUGAACGGCCUGUCCAACUUUUACAGCCAACUGAACAAGGGGAUUGGCGCCUCGCAGCGCCUUUGGGAGAUCAUGGACAGGAAGUUUGCCAUGCCCAUCGACAAGGGCAUUAUCCCAACGAGCAAGAUAAUUGGCGAAGUUGAUUUUAACAAUAUUACCUUUGCCUAUCCGUCGCGCAAAGAGUGCGCAGUGCUAUCGAACUUCUCGCUCAAACUAGAGCCAAACCAGACGACCGCCCUGGUGGGGCGAUCUGGGUCGGGUAAAUCAACGUUGGCCAUGCUCCUGUUGCGUCUUUAUGAUCCGCAGCAGGGCGCCGUCUACUUAGAUGGUGUCGACUUGCGAAAAUUGAAUCCACAUUGGUUGCGCCAGCAUGUGAGCGCUGUUAGCCAGGAGCCGGUGCUCUUCUCUGGCUCCAUACGCUCGAACAUUCUGUACGGACUGCAGCCGGGCAAGGUACCCGAUGAGCAAGAACUCCAGCAGGUGGUCAACGACUCAAAUGUGUCCGAAUUUGUCAACCAGCUACCCGAUGGCCUUGAAACCAUUGUGGGUCAAAGGGGAAUCCUUUUGAGUGGCGGACAAAAGCAACGUGUGGCCAUAGCCAGGGCGCUGAUUAAGAAUCCCACCUUACUCAUCCUGGAUGAGGCGACAAGUGCACUGGAUGCCGUGUCGGAGCAGCUAGUGCAGACGGCGCUGGAAAAACUUAUCCGUGGACGCACUGUGAUCACCAUAGCCCAUCGUCUAAGCACAAUACAUCAAGCGCACAAAAUAGCUGUCAUUGAUGAAGGGCGCAUUGUGGAGGAGGGCACCUUUCACGAGCUGAUGGGCAGGACAAAUGGCGUGUUCAGGGAGCUGGUAUCCAAGCAAGCGUUUGGUGGCAAGUAGUUGAUAUUGGAGCGCGAAAGCUACAUCAGGUGUUCAUAGACAUAUAUACACAAAGAGUUGUAUAUAUCUUAGACAAGACAAAUUUACAAAGCAUUGUUAUUAUUUUUACAAAGAGCGUGAACUAUAUUAAU